GCCACGGUGGAUCGUGAGGGCCUCUCGGCCACCCUGGUCAAAGACAUCCGCAACUACUUCCAGAUCAGCCCAGAGUACUUCUCCAUGCUGCUGGUGGGAAAGGACGGCAACGUCAAGUCGUGGUACCCGAGCCCCAUGUGGUCCAUGGCCAUUAUCUACGACCUGGUGGACUCUAUGCAGCUCCGCAGGCAGGAGAUGGCCAUCCAGCAGUCACUGGGCAUGCGCUGCCCGGAAGACGAGUACGGAGGCUACGGGUACCAUCACCACGGCUACGAUGGUUACCAGGACGGCUAUCACCAGGGAUACGGUUACUAAAGGGGGUGUCAAUAGUCUAUAAGCAAUGAUAUGGUUACUAAGGGGUGUGUUACUUAAUCUCAAACCAAUCUCUUUUGCCUUUAUCCCAUGUAUGCUUCUUGAUGGCCCUUUGUAGAUUGCAAUGGAUCAGAUAGGUGUAAGGCAGUAAGGUAUGGCUCUACCUAGCCCCGUUGUAGUCUAGAUGGGCUGUACACCAUGCUCCUUGUACUUAGCCACUGGUUUCGGAUCUGUAGGCAUUAAUUAAGAAGUUCCUAGGGAUAGGGGUUGAUUUCCAAUGGGAGAGGGGCAUGAGUAUAACCUUUGUCUCGCCUCUUGAACGGCGGUUUUGUUUUUCAGGACGUUUAUGGACGGUUAAAUGGUCUAGGUGUUAGAUCUGUGCUUCCUGGUUCCAGAAUGAAAUAAAGAAGGAUUGGAUAGUGAUGUCAUCAAUCUCUGUCUAAUCCUUCUCUAUAUCCGUCUUGCUCUUUUGAUAUAAAGAAUUACAAUCAACAGUUGUUUUACAUUUCACGUGUUCGGUCGAGCUACAUUUCAUGUUCACUUUCACAGUCUGAACCUGAUUGUAGAUAGAAGUGUAAGGAUGAGUCAAACGCUUUGUUUUGGAUGUCUGUUUUUAACUGUGGCUAUAUAACAGUCUGUUUCUGCAAUGAACUUUCAACUUCAUUUGUGUUUUGUCAUUUUCCUGUUGUUACAUAUUGUUCCUAU